GAAUACUAGGGAGAGGAAAAUGGCCGGAAAAUGCGGUGGACGGCACAGGAGGUCUUGUGGAUAUCACCGCGAAAAGCUGCGCGCCAACGCAGCACCUGCUUCAUAUGAUGUAUUGUCUGUGGUUGCAUUCUCCUGCCUUAUUAGCGUGAACCUAAACACGGGAUAAGAUCACGAUCGGCGUUAAAACACAAUCGAAUUGUUUAAUCUGGUUUGUUAAGGCCUACUGGUUAUGGUCAAGCAAUUACAAUAGACGGGAUCGGCCGGUAAGCAGAAGAAAUUUUUCGCCAAACAUUUUACAUGUAUAUAAACGUUGUAAGCUCGAAGUUAGAAGAGCAUUCACAAUGGAAGCACUCACCAGCUACGAAUCUUACGAUAUCUCCGAGGAGGAAGUUAUGAAACAGUUAAAUUCAGAUCUGAUAAAGGAGUCAGAAAUUUUAGAUGAGGAGGAGUUAAUUUGGCAGCCACCUGAGUUUGAGGAAGAUAUUGAGGGUAGGCCGGGUUUUUCAAAUGAAUUGCACGCUGAUGAAGAAAUAAAUGCGCUAAAAGUGAAAAGAAAUGAGAACAAUGAAACAAAGGAGCCUACUAAAGCAGAUGUUUGUGAAAGUACAUUGACUGCAACCGAAGGCUAUAGCAUUAAAGUUGAGGUUCAGAAUACUGGAAGCCCAGUGGAUAGAGCGGCAAAUUCUUUACUGAGAAGGACGAUAUCGGAGCUGGAAAGGGCUUUGAACGAUACAAACAAGCUGCUACUUGUAAGAGACACGGAGAACAGUAAAGUACGGGCACAGUUGAUGCUUAUUGAGAAAAAAUACGAAGAGGAGUUGGAGAGACGAAAAGCAUUGGAGUUUGCAGAUGAGGAAAAAGGUCAGAUUAUCACGUCACUCGAAGAGCGUUUGAAAAAUGAGAAAAAAGAAGUAGAGAGCCUUAAGUUAUGGAUUGAAAACAAUAAAGAUGAGAAUACAAUGAAUUUUGUCAAAGAGACUAUAUGUGCAACGCCUGAGGAAAUUGACAAGAUACGCGAAAUAAAUAUUGAACAGGAAAAGAAGAUCCUCGAAUUGAAAAUGAGGUUACGCGAAUCAGAAAUUGCAAGAGAAAAAGAGAAAAUUAAGCUCGAAGACUCUAAACAGAGACUGCCAAGUAUUUCAAGCAACGACAAGACAAAAUGUAAAAACGUUCAGAAGGAGCAAAACCUGCAAAUGAAAUUACGAAUGAAGUUCAUGCGAGAUGCUUUUUUCUAUUUCAUGAUAGACUAUCAUGCGGAGGAGCAAUUACGAGCAAUACUCGCGAUCUUAGAAUACGAGGAUAGAAGACAGGACAUCAUAUUCGAGGCACAUAAAAUGCGACAGGAGGGUCGUAAAUUCUCGGUUUCGCAAGUUUCGAGUAGAAAGUUUACAUUUGUGCAGGAGGAGCAUCGGUAGUUAAUGUCGAUGAAAUUCCACAUUGAGUCCUCGAGAUUGAAUUCUCGGUAUUAGAAUCCAGAAUAUGAAUACUCAUAGCAAAAUCAACUCUUGGAUCUAUCUUAAAUUUUUUAAAUUGUUUAAAUAAUCGACGGGCCUUAUUUUGACAAUACUGAGUCAGAGGGCCUACUAGAAUUCCUUUACGUCUAUUCAGAGAACUUUUUAAACAUUCUGACUUAACGGAAGCUGCUACUAGCAUUUCCUUGCGGUGGAUUAUUAUCCCCUUUUUCAAAAAGCAAAAGCUCGAUCUCCCCAGCAUGAGCCCCUUGAAGAGCAAUGUUAGAGAAGUCACUCAAAAUUUGAGGAAAAAGUAGUCUGUUAGACCCUCUUUGGAGAGCCAACACUAUCUUUUUAUUUACUAAAAACCCAAAAAGCAAUAAACAUCUCCUUCAAAACAAUAACGUCUUUCAAAAAGAGGCUCAAUUAAAAUGGUUUGGAAAAUAUAUUUAAACGUCUUUGACUCUAGAUUUAAGUGUGUGUUUCAAUAUUAGCGUCAGAAGCUUUGUUUCGUUUAGGGCGCUUUUGGUCUUAGCAGCAUGAGCAUCGUGAGGUAUGCUAUUUUGAUACUCUGUACUCUACGGCAAGCUUCAAAAGGUUUUAGAGAAUAAAAACAAUUUUUCUAGGAAAUGCAAUUAAAUUUGCUUCAAUGCAAUAAAUCUGCGUGAUAUUUGUAUUCGUAUAAUGUUCAAACAUCGCUAAUUUCAAACAGUAACAUCUAAUUUCACUUACGCAAUUUUAACUUGCUUAGAAUGUCAUAACUUAAGUUAGCAGUUCGGCAAACCCAAUUUCGCUGAAGUGACAUAGGUUCCAGAAUAGAAAACUCAAAGUAAACAGAAAGCUCCCCCCCCCUUCCUUACUUCACUAACGUACAAUUGAAGAAACAUUUGAAAAAAAUUAGAUUGAGUGAGAUUGCGAGUCAGUAUGAAUUAGCUAACGUAUUUCGACCAAGAAUGAAUAAAUGCCAUUAAUACGUUGCUAAGUUAUACUUUUGUGUAAAAUGUUGAUAUUAUAUUUGCUCGUGUAAGUGUACAUGAA